AACCUGCAGAGUUGAGGGCACUGUGAACUGCAUUCACUAACAAUGAUUUUUCAAAAUGUUACUGGACCUCUACAGUGACUAGAAUCAUGCCUGUUUUACUGCAAAGAGACUUACAGAUGUCAUGUCUUCUGAUGUUUCAGAAACGCUGCAGAAAAAUUAGUGUGUUCAAACUGUUUGUGACAGUCAUGAUUCUGCCCAUUAAAAACCCAAUGCAAAAGAUUUGACCUCUGUUACCCCUGUACCCCCCUCCCUGUGUACCUCUCUCUGUUCCUCAGUGUUACAUGUUCCACAUGUAUGUGGGAGUGCGAGCAGGGGGAGGAAUUGGUGACCAGAUCGAGGAUCCAGCUGGCGAUGAGUACGAAAUCUACCGGAUCAUCUUUGACAUCACUUUCUUCUUCUUUGUCAUUGUAAUCCUCCUGGCUAUCAUCCAGGGGUUAAUCAUUGAUGCUUUUGGAGAGCUGAGGGAUCAGCAGGAACAAGUGAAAGAAGACAUGGAGACCAAAUGUUUUAUCUGUGGAAUAGGUAAUGACUACUUUGACACCGUGCCACACGGCUUUGAAACGCACACUCUACAGGAGCACAACUUAGCCAACUACCUAUUCUUUCUGAUGUACCUCAUCAACAAAGACGAAACAGAGCACACAGGCCAGGAGUCUUACGUAUGGAAAAUGUACCAGGAACGUUGUUGGGAGUUUUUCCCUGCUGGUGACUGUUUCCGGAAACAGUAUGAGGAUCAGCUCAACUGAGUCAACCUUGGAGUGACAGACUCUUAACUCUGAAAGGCCCACUGCAGCCAUCUGGCCUCUGCUUGUCCCUCAAACGUUUAUUACUUUUCUGAGGAGGCUGUAUUCUACCAAAUGAUGGGUUCCUCUCUAUGCGUCAUCUCUCCUCAAGUGGCCAGGCUCUUCAACGGGACACACCCUGCCAUUGUCAUCCAGACAGCCAGCUCCACCCCCCGACCUUCAGCACACUCUGUUCAGAAUGCUUUUGAGACCUUGUACAUAGAACACUUCAGAAAAUAUGAUGUACAAUACAUGACAGGUGGCAGGUCUAGAAUUUUUUCACUCUGAUGACUUCUGUGCUUCAUCUUAUUCUAUAUUCAAAGUAACUUGCAAAAAAUACAAAGGCUUAAUGGAUUGAGGGUAAAACAAG